AAUUCUCAUUCUCUGUGUAGUUAAUUUACUGUUUUAAUUGUGAUCAUCAACAAUUGUUAUUUUCUUCUAUAGAAAAUUGUUCUCUCAUUUGAUUCUUUUUCAUAUUUUAAUGUCUUCAUUUUCUUCUCCAUCCUCAUCUACUUCAUCAUCUUCACUCUCCUCAUCCAAACGAAGUCAAUUCUUCCGAUGUAAAUCAACCGAAAGAACAUUAAAAUGGCUGGAAAGUAACUAUGAGCUAUGUGAUGACGUUUGUCUACCUCGGUGUUUACUUUAUAAACAUUAUCUUGACCAUUGCCGGACAAUUAACUCUGAACCGAUCAGUGCUGCUGCUUUUGGAAAGAUUAUCCGUCGUAAAUUCAGUAAAAUAGCUACCCGUCGUUUAGGAACCAGAGGACAAUCAAAGUACCAUUAUUUUGGUCUAGCAAUUAGGAAAUCGUCUCCAUACUAUGGUGAUUACUUGGAAAAUUGUCAAAGAUUAAGAACUAAAUUACGAAAGGUUGGAUCUCGUAAAAAAAGUAAUAAAGGAAACAAUUUAACUCGAAAUCAUGAUGUUACUUUAAUUGAUAAAGUUAAUCAUUUACUGUCAUUUAAUUUUCCUCGAAUUGAUGAUUUUCUUAAACCAACUAAUCCAUAUUAUUCAACAAUUGAGACAUUUCUUUGUAUAUACAAAAGUCAUUGUGAUUCCCUUGCUGAUUAUAUAAUUAACUAUCAAUUAGAUUUAAUUGAAAACCAUUUGAAACAUUUUUGGCUUCAAUUGUCAAAUCAUCUUGAUUAUAAUCCAACACUUAAUUGUGAUUUACUUAACAAAAUUAUCCAAUGUUGUGAUUACACGUUUUUCGAGGCUUUAUUACAUUCACUUUUUCCGGCUAAUUUUACCAAAAACAUUUCCAAUCAAAUGAUCAUCUAUUUAAAUGGGUUGGCUGAUAAUUUUGAAUUGUGGUUAAAAGAUGCACUGAUUGGGUUUCCUGAUUCCUUAAUUGUUAAAAAAAUUGAAGCUUUACACCAUUUUGUAAGAUCAAUUAAAAGGUACAAUUAUCUAUUUCCUUUGAUCAAGAAUAGUUCAUACACACUUAAUCAAAAGGAGUUACUUUUAUUAAUGACUGAUGAUUUACGAUCACUUGAUUUGGAUUUAAUUUGGGAUGAUUGUCUAUUUAAUUGUAACAACAGCAAUCAUUCAAGUUUAACCUUGUUGAUUGAUUUUUUUGCCAAUUUAAAACCAAAUUCUGUUGAUUUAGAUUCAUUUUUAUCAACAUUGAGACAAUUGUUUUAUGAUUUACUAGACAACUGUCAAUCAUCAUGUAUCGUUUCAAAGUCAACUCAAUUUAUCUUGAUUGUCAAUCGUCUAAUUGUUUGCCUUUGUCGCGAAUUGACAAUUAACUGUGUACCAACAUUAAAUCAUUGGAUAACUUUAUUUUCAACAAUCAGGGAAUAUUCAAUUCUAAUUGCAGAGGAAACGAUUCGUCGAGAUUAUUUCAAGAUUAAUAAAUUGUCAAUUAUUUGCUGGGACAAUUUAUGUUUUGACAGUACAGCCAUUGAUUUCUAUGAUAGUUGAUUAUAAAAAUUAAAUCCUAAUUGUAAAAACAAUUAUAUAAGUUUAAUUUAGGUAAAAAAAACUCAUCAUACAAGUUAAAUGGUAAGUCACAUUAUUUGAUUGCUAUUGUUUUUGGGUUAACCAGAAAUGUUUCAAUUAACCCUGGAGGUUUUUCAAGAAGCAAAUUAAAGUGAAUUAGACAAUUUAAAGUUAAACCUAUUCAAUUACAAUCAAUCAAAUGUCAUCGUAAGUGUUUUCCUCCUGUAGGAUUAUGGAAAUGAUGAUGAUGUUGAUUAGCAGUUACCAUUAAUUAGUUUUGAUGGAAAGAGAAACGAAAAUGCUAAUAGUUAACUAAUAAUAUUAACGAAGGUUUUUAAAUUUGUAAACAUUAAUCUAUCAUCAUCAUCGCCUUUUAAUUCAACAAUUAACUCUCAAGCCACCCUUUCUUUCAGGUCAAUUAGGUUAAUUUAGUUGUAUUAUGAUGAGAAUCGUUACUUUUAAGGGAAUUUAGAUAAUUGAUGAAGUGGUUAAUCAUGUUAAUCUAUUUGUAUGUUUAGUGUGUGGGUCGAUACACCAUGUAAAUCUUGUCUAUUUUAAGGGGUAACCCAAACAGAAAUUUUUACAAUUCAGAAAGAGCAUAAAUUAUCUUAAGAUGGAUCAUUUUGUUGGGGUGGUUCGGGUUCAUAUUCUAAUGUUACUAUUGUUGUCUUUGUUUCGGAAAAAAAAGGUUCUUUUUGGAGCUUAUAUGAGAACAAGGAAAUUAAUCAAUACAAUCGGAUUCUAAUUACAUGGAGAGAGAAGAAGAUUUUAUGAUCCAUAUUAAUAUUUACCUGAAUAGAAUGGAAACUGUACAAUUGAUAAUCUUUUCCUCUCCCGUUCAAUGUAUCUCACAUUAAAACGAGUUGAAUCGAGUGUUGAAACUUUUGGUAUCUCUGAUUUGGUUCCAUCCAUCAUGUUGAUUACAAUUGAAGUGCUUCUUUUAUGGUCACAAUUAAUCAAACGGACGAAAUGAAGAUUGGAAAACGUUAAAUUUGGGUGACUUGUGACAAGGAACCAUCACAACAAUAACAACAACUAGAGAUUAAAAAAGAAGCUUAAAUUCACUAGUGACAGAAAAUAGAAUUUGAUAUCCUCAUGGUAAAUAGUUGAAUCCAAAGAGAACAUGAAUGUGUCAGAAUGAGAGCACUAGAUAAACAAAUGACAAUUCCAAGGUGUUGAUGGAGAAUAAAAAGUUCAGUGGUUGAUGAGAGAGAAAUAAAAGAAAAGUAAGAUAUGAGAGAGAAACAAACAGAAAAAGAAACAAAGGAGAAAACAAAGGCAGUGAAUUAAAAGUAUUGUCUUUUCAAUUGUAUUACAAGAAAAGAAUCAAGAAUUUGAUAAAGAUGGAGAAGUGAAAACAUCAUCAUGUUGAUCAUGUUUUACAAGAGAAACAACAAUCAAGAGAGAGAGAGAGAGAGAGAGAGAGAGAGAGAGAAGAAGAGAAA